AUGAACAGUGAUGAGAACACGAUAUUAUCCCAUGCGGGUAGCCUUCAGAAGGGAAAUCCCUCCAUCGGUUCCGAUCGGGUGAAAGCCUCGGCGGCUGCCCCCAAUGCUGAGCCAGUGCAGGCUCUAUUACCACCACACACGUCGCGUUCACGUACGGACUCUGAAACGGCGGUCAAAGACUCGAAGGUAGAGGACUCGAGUACCACCCAGUUAACUCGAGAUCUUGGGACGAGAGAGGUUCGGAAACAAGUGCGGAGGAAACGCUCGAAGGGAUCACCUGCAGCAAAAGCGCAAAAACUGAAGAAGCUGAAGCAACAGGUCCUGCCCAGCAAAACCGCCCCACAGGGGAAGGGAGUGGUUGAUGGGUCAGACUGGAAGCUCAUCGAGUCUAAGAGAGCGAAGAAGAAACGAGAUGAGAAGCUGCUCCAAAAGCCACCUUCCGAGAAGAAAGAGCCCAAGAAGCAGAAGCAGAAGAAGACUCGUUGGAAACCAGCGCCCAGACCUGAUGCCCUGAUUGUCCGACCCAAGAAGAAGGAGCAACAUUCUGACAUUCUCCGCCGAAUAAAGAAGGAUGCACCUGCAGAGAAAGCUCAAGAUUGCGUCGAUGAAAUUCGCCGGACAGCGACCGGGGAUAUGUUGAUCAUCUUGACCCGGAAGACGGUCGAUGGAGCUCCUCAGCUUCGUAGAACCAUCGCCAGUCUCCUUGGAGAUAAAGUGGCGGUACUCAGUAAGGGGCCGGAGGAAGAACUGGAGAUAAAAGAUCUCGAUGAGACCACAUCGAAGGAGGAUGUUCUGGAGGCCCUACAGAAAGUAGCCGGGGAGGAGAUCAAAAUAGCUCCUGAGGCCAUCAAGUCUCUGCGUACGGCAUAUGGAGGAAUCCAGACUGCCUUAGGGACCCUCGCAGCAGCUACAGCGAAGAAGAUCCUGGGAGAGCAUGGUAAGAUCAAGAUAGGCUGGGUCAAUUGCCGUAUCAGGAGAGUGGGGAGACCGAUAAAGUGCUUCAAGUACUGGCACUACGGACAUCUCGCCACGAAAUGCACGAGUACAGUCGACUGGUCCAAGGUCUGCGUGAAGUGUGCAGGGGAUGGUCACAAAGCCAAAGACGGCAAGGGGAACCCACGGUGUGCCCUGUGCUCUGAGAAUGGCGAUUGA